AUGAUUCCACAACGUCCAAUCGUACCCACCAUUACCCUCGCAGUCGCAGUCGCAGCUCUCCUCCGCGCCGCCCCGCCCGCCUCCAUAUCCAUAGCUCGGCGGCGGAGACAGCAGCGGCCCUUCCGCCAUUUCCGACAGCAACCUCGGCAUCUCCAGCUCCUCCUCCUCGGCCUCCACGUUACCCAAUACAAUAUUAGUGUCGUUGCUGCGAUCAUCGCCAUUGUCCUUACAUUCCUCUUCCUGUUCCUGUUCCGGCUCCGUGGCAGGUCCGCCGGGGCCGAACAUCUCAGCGGCCUCCGCCGCCACCCUCCUGAUGUCGUCUUGAUCGGCGGAGGCGGGAAGCGGGAGGCGCCAGGCGGAGUCGGCGAAGUUGAGACAGGCGGACUUCCCGCGGUACGCCAGUGCCGCCACGUCGUGAGCUCUGGCCGCCAUUUCCGGGGUCGCGUGAGUUCCGAGCCAGACACGUGUCCCGGUGUUGGGCUCGCGGAGCUCGCAGACCCACUUGCCGCCUUUCCGGCUCCGCACGCCUCUGUACACCGGGUGGCGCGUCUCCCUGAAGACUCUCCUCCCAGUCCGCUUCUUCGGCACCUCCGCCGCCAGCUGGUGCUGCUGCUGCUGAUUCUCCGCAGACGUCGUGCCGCUGCCGUUGGACACGGAGGACUCGGAGAUGUGAAGCUGUUGACUGCUGGAGACCAUAUCCGAUAUUAG